GUUGCUUCUUACGCUAUUGAGCCAAUUUUUUUUUCUGUUUCUUUUUUUAACUGCAGCACUCCUCUGUUUGGGUCUAAUCAAUCACGUUCUGUUCUGUUCUCUGACUCGUUUGGUUAGUUCCAAUUGCUAAUAAUAAUCGAAGUUUGUGUUGUGGAAUUACAGAUUCUUCCAUUGGCAAAAACAUUGUAGCUAGUUGCAGAGGGGUAUAUGGUAUAUCUUCUCUUUUUGCCUUUUUUUUUCGCUUUUGGGACCUCUUGAUCGAAUGAAGGCGCGGUUUGGCUGAGGUAUAAAGCAAAAGCUGCAAGUGGGAUUGGUUCGAAUUUGCUUUUUGGAGGUUUAUAAGAAAAAGAAGGCUACUUGGAAGUGAAACCGCAGGAGGGUGAGGUUUGAAGUGUGAAAGUGAGUGAUGGAGGGUGGUGGAAGAGAAGCUUAUAAUGGAGUGGUGAUGACUAUGACAAGAGACCCAAAACCAAGGCUUAGAUGGACAGCAGAUCUUCAUGACCGGUUUGUUGAUGCUGUCACAAAGCUUGGUGGCCCUGACAGUACAAAUAUUUGGUCCAUUAGGAGAAUUAAUGAAAGGAGAAGAGGCGACUCCAAAGUCUGUUAUGAGGUUAAUGGGCUUGAAAGGUCUGACACUAUAUCAUUUGAAGAGUCAUUUACAGAAGUAUAGACUUGGACAACAGGCUCGAAAACAAAAUGAAGAACUGCACAAAGAGAAUAAUAGAUGCUCGUAUGUAAAUUUCAGCAAUCGUUCUUCAGAGCCUAACACUAGUUACAGAUGUGACAAUGAAAGGGGAGAAAUCCCAAUAGCUGAAGCAUUGAGGCGUCAGAUUGAAGUUCAAAAGAGAUUGGAAGAACAGUUGGAGGUACAGAAGAAGUUGCAGAUGAGAAUAGAGGCCCAAGGGAAGUAUUUGCAAGCUGUGUUAGAGAAAGCCCAGAGAAACCUCUCUCUAGAUGGGCCAGGUAGUCUUGAAGCAUCAAGAGCUCAAUUGACUGAAUUCAACUCUGCUUUGUCAAAUUUCAUGGAAAACAUGAAUAAAGAUAGCAAAGAUAACAUAGUAGAAGUGAAUGAUUUUUAUAAUAAGAGUCAUGGCUCACCUUUCCAUUAUCAAGAAGUAGGGAGAGGAGAAAAUAGGGAUCAAAAGCCCAAGGUUGAAGGGGGUUCAAUACAGUUUGACUUAAACAUCAAAGGUAGCAAUGACCUUGUGUCUGCAUGUGGAGAAUGGAAGCCAAUAUGAUUUCAUA